UCAUCAUUUGCAGACUCCUGACCAGCCUUCGGCUAAAAGAGACUCUGAUAUGGAAUCAGAAAAUGAAAAUGAUUUGCCUCCAGCGAUUGAUCAGCCAUCAAUGGACAGUAGUGCCGAGCUGUCGACAGAAACCAUCAGUCAUCAUUUGCAGCCUCCUGAAAGGUCUUCAGCUCAAAGAGACUCUGAUAUGGAAUCAGGCAAUGAAAAUGAUUUGCCUCCAGCGAUUAAGAAGUCAUCAAUGGACAGUACUGCUGAGCUGUUGAUAGAAACUGUCAGUCAUCAUUUGAAGCCUCCUGACAGGCCUUCGGCUCAAAAGGACUCUGACAUGGAAUCAGACAAUGCAAAUGAUAUGCCUUCAGCGAUUGAGCAGUCAUCAAUGGACAGCUAUCGACAGAAACUGUCAGUCAUCAUUUGCAGCCUCCUGACAGGCCUUCGGCUCAAAAGGACUCUGACAUGAAAUCAGACAAUG